CACUUGAAGGCACAGUAACUUAUUCUGACGUCAAAACAGGAAGUACUCGUUUCCACGCCACAAGUUGAAGUGUUGUGAUGAUAUUACCGCUCAUUUCACAGCAACGUUAGUACACAGUUAUUACUCUUUACCUACAGAUACACCGGGUUAUCUCUCCUAGUAAACCAAACAGCGACACAACUACCCUUCAGACAUGCAGACAGAGAAAGAGGAUGAGGAUGAAGCAUCUGUUGAAGAAGAGUAUGUCGCACUGUCUAGUUUCACUGGAAGUGGCAGCGACCAGCUUACUUUCAGUGUUGGGGACAGACUGCUGGUCCACGCCAAGCCUUCAUCAGAGUGGUGGUGGGCAGAGCUGCGUGGGGUCAUAGGUUAUGUCCCUGCAAGCUACCUGCAACAGGAUGCUGCUGCUGCAGAGGAGGAGGAGGAGGAGGACCCAUGGCAAGAUGAAGAAUACUUCGGCAGUUAUGGGACACUGAGGCUUCACUUGGAGAUGUUGUCAGAUAAGAGUCGCACUGAGGCGUACCGGCAGGUUAUUCUCAGCAACAGCGCUUCCCUGAGGAAUAAGGUGGUGAUGGACCUCGGCUGUGGGACCGGCAUCAUCAGCCUGUUCUGCGCUCAGCUGGCACAACCCUCAGAGGUGUAUGCUGUGGAGGCGAGCUCCAUGGCGGAGUACACCAGACAGCUGGUGAAGCAGAACGGCUGUGAGGAGGUGGUCACGGUGCUCCAGGGACGAGCUGAGGAGAUCGAGCUUCCUGAGCAGGUGGACGUCCUGGUGUCUGAGUGGAUGGGGAACUGCCUGCUGUUUGAGUUCAUGGUGGAGUCGGUUCUGCUGGCCAGGGACCGCUGGCUUAAAGAAGGCGGUGUGAUGUGGCCCUCAUCUGCAGCCCUCACCCUGGUGCCAUGUCAGGCCAACAGCUAUUACGCAGAGAAGAUGGCCUUCUGGGAGCAGCCCUACGGCCUGGACUUCACUCCUCUUCAGCCCUUGGCACAGCAAGAGUUCUUCACCAAGCCCAAGUUCAGCCACCUCAUUGAACCGGAUGAUUGCCUCACUGCUCCCUGUGAUGUCCUGUGCCUGGACAUGUACACUCUGCAAGUCAAAGACCUUGAGGAAAUAAAGGGUCAGUUUCAUUUUGAUGUGGAGAAGUCUGGAGUUUUUCAUGGAUUCACUGCCUGGUUCACCGUUCAUUUCGAGAGCCUGGAGACGGGAGGUGCAACGGUGGAGCUAAACACCGGACCUAACUCUGAGCCAACACACUGGAAGCAGACUCUGUUCAUGCUGGACAGGCCCGUUAGUGUGUGUGCUGGAGACUCCAUCGGUGGAACCAUUCUCCUGCGCAGGAACCCCAUCUGGAGACGCCACAUGACCGUCACCUUGCACUGGAGCAUCAACAGCAGCACAGAGAACUGCCAGGUCGGGACAAAGAGUUUCCCCAUGUGGAGGUGACAGAUUCUCCGUCAGCGGUGGAGAUCCACAGGAAAACAGUCGGAUACGUCUUCCGUUGAGUUUAGGGUCAGUGAGGUUUCAGCUGUGAGCUGCUGCUGACUUGGAAUGAAGUGUGACAGUCAAAGGAGGCUCAUCAGACGGGACAUGUAGUCCUACAGGCCCAGGUGAUACAUAGAGCACGCUAGGAACCAUGUUAUAGGAGCAGAUUAACAAAGAAGAAGCUACAUGCUAGGAAUGAACUGUGGAGCAUCACUGUAACUUUGACUAGCUAAGUGGCUUUAUAGAAGACAAUGACUGAUAACUGAAACAACAAACUGUUUUGAACAGAUAAUUUGUUGUCUCAUGGUGCAACAAAAGAAACGGUUUCAGUCCUCCACACUAUGCUUUUAUGUCUGUUUUUACUCUAUGUGCAUAUUGUUUUACAAUACGCAUUUACAUUGUAAUUUGUUCAAGUGCUAUACAUGCCAAUAGGCUUGUAUUGGUUUAAGAAAACAACAUCAACCAUGAAUAUAAUGGUUAGGGCUGGGUGAUAUGGCCAAAAUCUUCUAUCCCGAUAUAAGUCAUUUCAUAUCUCGAUAAUGAUAUAUAUCAUGAUAUUGCAUGUUUUCUGGUAAUUCAAUAAAUAAAUAGUCAAUAUGAAAUGACCACAUGGUGAAGCCUAUUUUACUCCUUUGUGAAUUAAAUACUUGACAAAUGAAACGUACAGAGUAUUUUAUCAAUUUAAGAACUUGAGUGCAAAAUGAACAUAACAGUUUUAAGUGAAAUUAUGGAAAGAGAAAAUAAAUAUAGGCCUAGCCUAUAUCAAGAUAGAAACAAUGUAAUUUUUCUAUCAUUUUGAUAUAUUGUUGGGCUGACCCGAAUGCUUCGAAGCUUUGACAGCUGCCGUGAUAUUCAAACUUCAAAUCACUAUUAGAAUGCUUUGUUUUGUUUUUUUAUACAUAUAUUAGUAUGUUAUAAUAAUGUAUGAAUCCCAAAAUAGACCAUGAAAUAAGUAAUAAUCCCAUAAUUCAUAUUCAAAAUGAAUUAUUAUUAGUUAUUCUUAGACGGAUAUCGUUUGUUGUGUGUAGAGGUGCGUGUGUGUGCACUAGUGCGGCAGCUUCAAAGCCCAAAAAAUUGUAUUUGGGACAGCCCUAAUUCUGUAUAUCGUCAUAUUGCCCAGCCCUAAUAAUGGUUAGAGAUAUUUUUCUCUAUUUAAAGAUUAGAGUGAACGAUGUACGCCACUAAAAUGUUAAAUUACAAGUGUUAAUUAGCUUUAUGAGCUAAAAUAAGCAUUAAAUAACAACAUUACAAAGAUAAUCAUUCACAAUAAAUUAACAAUUCCAAACAAAAUAACUGUACAAUUAGUAAACUUGUGUUGUACAACAGUAUUUUUGGAGUUAUUCAACUACAUAUUAGCUCUUUGUCCCUUUUUCCAAUCAUGUGUAAACUUGUAACUUUU